UUUGUUGUGACUCCAGUAAAACUAUACUAUAUAUACAUAAAAUAAUGAACGGCUUAGCAAACAGUAAUGACGACACUAUUGAGUGCCCAUUAUGUAUGGAACCCCUAGAGGUUGAUGAUUUGACUUUUUUCCCAUGCACGUGUGGAUACCAAAUUUGUAGAUUCUGUUGGCACAGAAUUCGUACAGACGAAAACAAACUGUGUCCAGCAUGUCGAAAAGAAUACCCAGAAAAUCCAGCUGAUUUUAAACCGCUUACUCAAGAGGAAAUGAUUGCAUUCAAAUCUCAAAAGCGUCAAAGAGAUCAACAACGAAAACAAAAAAUAACUGAGAACCGGAAACACCUAGCUAAUGUUCGUGUGGUUCAAAAAAAUUUGGUCUUUGUUGUUGGGUUGCCGCCCCGACUAGCUGACGCAGACAUAUUAAAAAAGCACGAAUAUUUCGGGAAAUAUGGAAAAAUUCAUAAAGUUGUUAUAAACCCAAGUACAACUUACGCUGGAGUACAGGGUCCGUCAGCGUCGGCUUAUGUCACAUACGUACACAAUGCAGAUGCAUUGCGAGCUAUACAAAGUGUAAACAAUAUAAUGAUAGAUGGGCGUCUAAUAAAAACCAGUCUCGGAACAACAAAAUAUUGCAGUCAUUUUAUGAAGAACCAACAAUGUCCCAAGUGCGACUGUAUGUAUUUACAUGAGUUGGGUGAUUCAGAAGCUAGUUUUACUAAGGAGGUAAAAUAUCGUAUAUAA